AUGGGAGGGAGGGUUGAUUCUAGAUUCAUUGAGCAAUGUACAAGUUCUGAUCACAAAUCAAAGAGAGAACUACAAAAAUGUUCAGAACUAACAAUAUUGGUGAUAUUACAAAAGAGAAGAUUCUAUGCUAUGAUGGAAAAUGAAAAUUCAGAUGAGUUUGAAAGGGAGAGGCCAAGGAGUGGACCUGGGGACUUCAACCUUGUCCUUGAUCCGCUCUAUCUUCUUCUCCUUUUUGGGUCUUGCGUUUCCGUACGACCCUUUAAAUCUCUUCCCCUUUCUCGUCUUCUUGUCCCCUCGGCCGCACAGGAUCGGCGCCUCCGCCACUGUACAUGA